GCAGCGGGCAGUCAGGAGGUUUCCUCACGGCUUCGCCCUGCUGUGAAGCGGAGGAACCCGCCGCGGGAUGCUGGACUCCAACCUCCGGCUCUGAGUGUGGAUGUUCCUGGCGGCGGAGCAGGGCGCUCGCUGCGGCGGGGAUGCUGCUCUGGUGUGAAAAAUGAAGGCGGACGUGUUGGCUUGCCUGGCGCUGACGGCGGCCAGCUUUGUUGCCACAGUGACCGGCGGCCGCAGCUCCAACCGCAGGAGACACAAGGAGGUUUUCCUGGGAGAAAACAGCAAGUUCAAGUUUGGAGGACGCAUCGAUUACAAGCUGAAGAGGCAGGACAGCACCAAAACGCUGCUAAUAAAAAGUGAACAACUGCUGAGGAUCGAGGAGCAAGACUUCGCCAUUAGACCAGGCUUUGGAGGUUCAGCCAUCCCGGUGGGCAUCGAUGUGCAGGUGGAGAGCAUCGACAGCAUCUCUGAGGUCAACAUGGACUUCACCAUGACUCUGUACCUGCGUCACUACUGGAAGGACGAGCGGCUGUCGUUUCCGUCCCGCACCAACCAGAGCCGGACGUUCGACUCCCGGCUGGUGAAGAAGAUCUGGGUCCCUGACGUCUUCUUCGUCCACUCCAAGCGCUCCUUCAUCCACGACACCACCAUGGAGAACAUCAUGCUGCGGGUUUACCCCGACGGAAACAUCCUCUACAGCGUCAGGGUGACAGUGACGGCUCUCUGCUCCAUGGACUUCAGCAGUUUUCCUCUGGACACUCAGAACUGCUCUCUGGAGCUGGAGAGCUAUGCAUAUAAUGAGAACGACCUGAUGCUUUACUGGAAGAACGGGAACGACUCUCUGAGGACGGAUGAGAUCGUUUUGUCCCAGUUCUUCAUUGAGCAUUUCCAUGCCUCCAGUGGCCUCGCCUUCUACAGCAGCACAGGUUGGUACAACCGACUCUUCAUAAACUUCAUCCUGCGGCGCCACAUCUUCUUCUUCAUGCUGCAGACAUAUUUCCCCACCAUGCUGAUGGUCGUCCUGUCCUGGGUUUCCUUCUGGAUCGACCGCAGAGCCGUUCCCGCCCGCGUGUCUCUGGGCAUAACCACCGUCCUCACCAUGUCCACCAUCAUCACCGGAGUGUCCUCAUCCAUGCCUCAGGUGUCGUACGUGAAAGCUGUGGACAUCUACCUGUGGACCAGCUUCCUGUUUGUCUUCCUAUCUGUCAUCGAAUAUGCUGCUGUCAACUACUGCACCACCCUGGAGGAGAUGAGGAAGAUGAGGAGGGGGAAGAUCCCCUCCACCUUCAACGCCAGCCAGGCCAUGGCCUUUGAUGGCUGUUUCCAUGACAAUGACAUCGAGCUGACCACCUUUCCUCGGAUGGCGACGGCACUGACCUCCGACCCCCUUACGGCCCCGAGCCCGAACUCGGACCUGCGGCCGCCGGAGGGGACGCGUCUGCGGCGGCAGCGGUCGGUGCGGGAGAACGUGGAGCUGCUGGUGAACAACAGCUACAUGAUCGACUCGUACUCACGCCUGGCCUUCCCGCUGUCCUACCUGCUCUUCAACACCGUCUACUGGAGCCUGUACUGCUGACCGGGUCCAUGCUGACUGGGUCCGUGCUGACCGGAUCCAUGCUGACCAGAUCUGUGCUGACCGGGUCCAUGCUGACCGGAUCCGUACUGACCGGAUCCAUGCUGACUGGUCCAUGCUGACUGGGUCCAUGCUGACUGGGUCCGUGCUGACCGGAUCCGUGCUGACCGGAUCCGUGCUGACCGGGUCCGUGCUGACCUGAUCCAUGUUGACCUGAUCCAUGUUGACCUGAUCCAGGUUGACCGGAUCCAUACUGACUGGGUCCAUGUUGACCGGACCUGUACAGCACAAUCUGCAGAACUGGUUCAGUCAGCCAAACGCUCAACAUCCUGACAGUACAGCAUUACUUUAUUUGGAUUUUUUAAACUGUGAUGGUUUUCUUUUUGUGUUUUGUCAUAAAAUGUUAUGAUAUUUUGUUUAU